AUGAGCAUUACUGCAGAUAUGUACUGUGAAGAAUUAAACACAAUAAUGGGGAAGCUCGCUCAUCUCCAACCAGCUUUAGUCAAUCGCUCGGCUCCGCUGCUCCUGCACGACAACGCGCAACCUCAUAUUGCACAGCAGACGGUCUCCAAGAUACAAGAGCUGGGGUUGGAAGUUCUCCGUCAUUCACCGUACUCACCAGAUCUUGCCCCUACAGACUUCGACUUUUUCCAGAAUUUAUAUAACUUUUUGGCGGGAAAAAAAAUCAAUACCCAAGAGGCAGUACAAAACGCCUUUGAAGAGUUUGUUGCCUCCCGUCCAGCAGAGUUUUUCAAGAAAGGCAUCAAUAAGUUACCACUACGUUGGCAAAAAUGUAUUGAAUCCAUGGGUAAUUACUUAAAAAAAAAAUAG